GACUUUGCCAUUAUGAGACUUCCAGUGCCGGUGUGGGAGGUCCUCACGGCGUUUCUACCUGUUGGAGCCCACCAUCCUUCCCCACGCUCAUAGUAGAUCUGCUGCCCUCCUCAAAAACAUGUUUCCGAGGAUUUUUUCUUACGCCUUGCUGCUUUUUGUCCACGCAGCGCCAAUCUCCCGUGGAUUUAACAUAGAUGAACGCUUCCCUGUGAUCAAAGAGGGCAAAACCAAAGGGAGCUUCUUCGGACUCUCCGUGGCCAUGCAUGAACAGACGCAGGGCCCCAGCAAAUAUCUGCUACUAGCUGGAGCACCCAAGGAGAGAGCCUUGUCGCUGAGUAACGUAAAUGAAACAGGUGCUGUCUACUCCUGUCCCAUUACCACGGAAGCCUCUGACUGCUCGAGAAUGGACUUGGUCAGCUCAACAAAUCCAUCCGAGAUGGUGGAGGGCAUGUGGCUGGGCGUGACCGUGGCCAGCCAGAAAGUGCAGUCAAACGGUCGUGUGAUGGCAUGUGGGCACCGCUACGUCAAGAUCAUCCAAACCGGCACGGGGGAGGAGCGACGAAUGAUAGGAAAAUGCUACGUGAGGAGUAACGAUCUGACCUAUGACUACCAAGACGACUGGCAGAUUCACAGCUACGAGGUCUGCAACCCAAAUUUUGGCAUGGAGCUUGAGGGCAUGUGCAGCAUCGGCAUCUCAGGCGGGAUGACUGAGACCGAUGUGUACGUGGGCGCCCCGGGCAGCUAUGUAUGGCAAGGAAAUGUUCAUGUUAUUGGGAGACAUCCUGAUCCAGCCAAUGCAUGGGACUCCAUUGACAAAGACUUUGGACAGCUGAAAAAGCGAUCCAACAACUAUAUGGGUUACUCUGUUCUCGAAGAGAUGAAGCUGCUGAACCCCACGAACUUCACAGUGGUGGCGGGGUCCCCCAGAGAGGAGGCCAAGGGCUCGGUGGUGCUCGGGGUGAAGACUGACCGCAACAUCGAGACAACGCUCAUUAUCCCUGGGGAACAAGUGGGCUCUUACUUCGGAAGCAGCCUGGCUGCCACUGACCUCAACAACGACGAUUGGAACGACCUGAUAGUGGGGGCCCCCUUUUACUUUGACCGCAUGAAGGACGAGGGAGGAGCUGUCUAUAUCUAUAUGAAUGAGAAUGGAUCCUUCCAGAAGACUGCCACCAUAGUGCUGAAGGGGCCUGCAUCCUCUGCAUUUGGCCUCGCAGUGGCCGCCAUUGGUGACAUCAACCAGGAUGGAUUCCAAGACUUUGCAGUUGGAGCUCCGUUCCAUGACACAGGCAAGGUCUUCAUAUGGACGGGGAGUAAAAAGGGAAUCUCAAAGGAGCCAAGUCAGGUGAUUGAGGGAAAGUCAGUGGAUAAUGGCGGGUUCAAGACGUUCGGCUACUCCAUCAGUGGAGGCCUGGACAUGGAUGACAACAGCUACCCAGAUAUCUUAGUUGGCUCUCUUGAUGACCGCAUUGCCCUGCUCAGGACUCGGCCAGUGGUCCACUUAACUAAGACUUUUACUGUGGAGCCCAAUAUUGUGGAUCCUAAUCAGUGCAAAGGAAAUAUACCAUGCAUCACAGCCACUCUCUGCAUGUCUUUCACCCUAAGCAAUGGCAACAAAAACUUCAACAAAAACAUCACGGUGAAGUACACAGUGGAGGCUGACAUGGAGAGAAGAAGGAGUCCACGUGUUCGCUUCCAGGAAAACAACGGUGACACGUACACAGGCCUGCUGACCCUGCUGUCUGCUAAAUCGAAGUGUCAAGUUCUCUCGUUGACUGUUAUGGCGCCUGUGAGGGACAAACUGGAGCCGGUGGUCUUCUCCGUCAACAUGUCCUUACACGAACAAAAACCUAAAUCGAGACGCUCCAUUCAGAACUUGGACUCAUACCCUAUUCUCAGUCAGGAGCAGAAACUCACCCAAAGAAAUGAGAUAAACUUCCAAAAGGAGUGUGGCUCGGACAACAAAUGCACCAGCAACCUGCAGGUCACGGCUCAUUUUGCCAACAAUAAGGAAAAAUCGUUCCCAAGACAGGACACAUUCCAAAUAUUUCAGUUCAACCGCAGUAUGAAGAUAAUAAUGCUGAUGGUGGAGGUGACCAACUUUCCAUCUGGAGGGAAGCUAGCUGAGGAUGCUCACCAGGCCAUGCUCAAUGUCACCAUCCCCGACGCUCUAAAAUACUCUGCCGUCAGAUCCCAGGACCACGAUGUAGAAUGUCGUUACGAAGGCACAGUUAUUUGUGAAUUGGGGAAUCCACUUAGAGGCAAAGAAAAGGUGUCACUUGGCUUGAGGUUGGAGACGUCAGGUAUAGAUCUGUACACCCGGCAUAUCGAAUCUCAGCUGCUUCUUUCCACUGUCAGUGAGCAGAAUGACCUGGUUCCAGUGUCUGUGAGCCUCCUGGUUGAGAACACCAUCCUCCCUUCUUUCUCCAUAACAAAUGCGCAACUGCGGACCAGCUAUGACGGGAUAGUGACGGGCGAGUCAGCCAUGGUGAACAGCAGUGAUGUUGGCAGUCUGCUUGAGUUCACGUUCAAUGUCAACACAGGGGGACAACCUCUGGGGGACUUGGGGACCCUGGCUGUGGAGUUUGAGUGGCCUUUUGAGGUGUCUAACGGCAAGUGGCUCCUGUACCUGACCCAAAUCAUCGUUAAGGAAGAGUCAGAGACCGAGUGUAGACCACCUGGAGAUGUUGUCAACCCUCUCAACCUGACUUUGUCAGAAAGUGGAUCAAGACGUGUAAAGAGGCAAAUCACGAUCGAUGAUUCCGAUGAUAAGCCGCAGGUCUUGGAACCGCAGGCGACGCUUUCCGUGCUCACGCCGCGAAAAGAAUCCUACUUGUUGGAGUGCUCAAAGGGCACGGCGAACUGCGCGACAUUUACUUGUCCUCUGUCAAACUUGAACAACACAGCCACGAUUUAUGUCAGCGCUCGUUUGUGGAACAGCACCAUGCUCGAGGACUAUCCUAAUGCUUUGUGGGUCAAAGUUCGAGGUGAAGCGACGCUGAAACUCAUUACUGACUUACCAACACUCAAGAUGGACAGCCAGACUGUGACGUUCACAGUGGACAUCGAGCCAGUAGCAGGGGUGGAGACGCCUUAUGAACUUCCACUGUGGAUCAUCAUCUCUGCUGUGGUAGCGGGAGUAGUACUUCUGGGAAUCAUCAUAAUUAUACUUUGGAAGUGUGGCUUCUUCCAGAGGGCCAGCAGGCGGGAGAGGUAUGAGGCCAAAGCCCAGAAGGCUGAGAUGAAGAUCCAGCCCUCUGAGACAGAAAAGCUCACUGAGGACUACUGAGACCCUUUACGGGUCCUCCGACCGCACACACCGGUGGGCUUAUGGCUUGGAUUCUUCAAGCGAUCCCUCUACUACCGGAUAAUGCCAAAGCACCGGGGGGUGAAAAUUCGCAAGGCCGAUCGCUAUCAGGCCAAUGAGGGAUUUGAGCCUGAGGAGCUGUGCAGAAAGCAUUGGAUCACCAACUGGACAGAGACGCAGCAUUUCUACUACUGAGGCCUUGACUUGGGACCCUGACUGUUCUGACGCAGGCCAAACAAAGAACUUUGGUCCCAGUAGGGAUCACCUGUGGAUUAAAUGCACUGACUUUUUCCAGACUUCUCAGUGCAAUAUAUUGAACUGUGUUUCUUUUCUGACAUUGAAUGAAUUGGCGAAUUCAGGACUUUUAUGUUUUAAUUGAAAGCUUUUUAUUAAUUAUUUUUUAUUCCUCAAUGAUUGUAUAUAUUUUCGCAUCUGGAUCGCUCAUUUCCAGGCUUUAAUACCCAGCCCAGCUGACCUCGUGUACAGAAAUCCUGACAUACUUUUUUUUCUAUGUUUUAUUCCGAGUUUUCAGGGACUACUACUUGCAUUCUCUCGGUAGCAGAUCGGCUUAAUUCCCCCCCAGUAAGAUGCAACCCCUCGCUUGAUGACUAUUUAUUAUACAUGUUUGUGUCAACACUGAAUUCAUUAGGCUAAAUUCAUGAAUUAAUCUAAAUAAUCUAUUUGCAGAAAUACGAACACAUUUUAAUGAGAUGAUUAUAGCUUUAAGUGCAAAAUAAAAAUUCUGAAAUACAGUACAGGCCAACCUUUUGGACACACCUUCUCAUUUCAGUGCGUUUUCUUUAUUUUCAUGACUGUUUACAUUGUAGAUUGUCACUAAAGGCAUCAAAACUCUGAAAUAACUGAAAACAUGUUUUCAAUCAAUCAAUCAAUCAAUGUUUAUUUAUAUAGCCCUAAAUCACAAAUGUCUCAAAGGACUGUACAAACCACUACGACUACAACAUCCUCGGAAGAACCCACAUAAGGGCAAGGAAAACUCACACCCAGUGUUUUAUAUUCUAAUUUCUUCAAAAUAACCACCCUUUGCUUCUUUGAACACUCUUGGCAUUCUUUUGAUGAGCUUCAAGCACACCUGUGAAAUGAAAACCAUUUCAAGUGACUACCUCUUGAAGCUCAUCGAGAGAAUGCCAAGAGUGUGCAAAGCAGUAAUCGGAGCAAAGGGUGGUUAUUUUGAAGAAACUAUAACAGUGGUUCUUAACCUUGUUGGAGGUACCGAACCGCGUUAGUUUCAUAUGCACAUUCAUCGAACCCUUCUCAGUGAAAAAUAUAUAUAUAUAUAUUUUUUUCAAAUUACAAAGUUAUGUGUUUUUGGUAACACUUUAGUAUGGAGAACAUAUUCUAAGUAACAAAUACUUAAUUUAGAGGUUGUUGGACACUAGGGGAACAUAUUCUAAGUAACAAAGACUUAAUUUGGAGUUAUUUGGUUAGGGUUAGGGUUAGAGGGUUAGGGUUAUAAGGAGGCCAUGCCAAAGAAGGCAUUAAUAAGUACUUAAUAAUCACUGGUUAAGAGCCAAUAUGUUACUAAUUUGCAUGUUAAUAAGCAACUAAUUAAUGGUGAAUAUGUCCCGCAUACUAAAGUGUUACCAUGUUUUUUUAACUGGUCACAAAAUGAACCGUGCAAGAACAUCACCUUGUUCAAAGAACAAAACCGACACUAAACUUACACUAGACUGCAUAAACUCACAACAAAUUACAGACCUGCAAAUCAGUGCGACUUCUGCUGUACGGACUGGUACGCCGUUAUACACCGAUAGGGAGAACUUUUUAUUAAGACCAUGAGUCGGGUGUGAUUUGACCUCUGCCGAACCCCUGAGGCCGACUCACCAAACCCCUAGGGUUUGAUCGAACCCAGGUUAAGAACCACUGAACUAGAAUAUAAAACAUUUUUUCAGUUAUUUCAACCUUUUUAAGUACAUAACUCCACAUGUGUACAUUCAUAGUUUUGAUGCCUUCAGUGACAAUCUACAAUGUGAAUAGUCAUGAAAAUAAAGAAAAGCCAUUGAACGAGAUGGUGUGUCCAAACCUUCGGACUGUACUGCACAUAUAAAUGGACGUUUCCUAUCCUUUCAAUUUUCAGUGAAGACUUGUCGGCGAAGACGGGGACAAGGGGAGGGUUAAGCCAUGCGGACGCCACCUCUGUGCGUCACUAAAAAUGGUAUUUUCUUUAAUUUAAUAGUUUUUUUCGCCUUCUUUGUCAAAGUGCUGGCACUCGCAACUUUCUUUGGCCCCAUUUUGCAACGGUACUCAAUAAAAAUUAAAAAAAAGAACUGAGUCACCAACAUGUCGGUUUCUUUUAGGGGUGUCCCAAUCCUGUAUUGGUAUCAGUCUGAUCUCAACAAAAAACAAGUAACAGAUUAAAUCUUUGAUAUGAGCUCUAAUAACCCAGUUAACAUCUAAAUUUCCUUCAAUAAACACACAAAGUUGGUCUUUUCUUGUAUUGAAGUCAAGUCAUUUACAAAAGGUAAACAUGAUUGGCUGUAAGUUACUAGGAGCUAGCAACUACACAACAGCUAAGCACACAAUAGCAAACAAGCUUGACAUAUUGUGUGAAUGUGAAUGUGAAUGUUGUCUGUAUCUGUGUUGGCCCUGCGAUGAGGUGGCGACUUGUCCAGGGUGUACCCCGCCUUCCGCCAGAUUGUAGCUGAGAUAGGCGCCAGCGCCCCCCGCGACCCCAAAAGGGAAUAAGCGGUAGAAAAUGGAUGGAUGGAUGGAUGCAGUCCAAACACUUUGGUCUACAUAGAAAAGAAUCAAGUAACUAUAGUCAGAUACAAAGGCUGGAGAUUAUUAGAAAGUAUCCAGUAACAAACGUGUCCACAUUAUUCAAUUUGAUGCACUUAAUUAUUGUGGCAAUUAGGUGUCGCAGAAAUAACAACUUCCUCCACUUUAACUAAAAGACUGCAUAAGUCCUUUCCAGAUGGUUUGGAGUAAAUAUGUUUGUUUUUCAUUAUUAACAUUGUUCUCAGUUUGACUAAUUUCACUUGAUCAAGCCUUUUUCUAACAUACCACCCAACAAAAAAAAAAGUAACGUAUAAUUAAUUAAAAGGUGUAAUUAAUUCAAUAUCGGUAUCGGACAAUACUCACAUUCCACUAUUGGUAUCGUGUCGGAAGUGAAAAAGCUGGCACUACUAGUUUCUUUGAAUGGACAUUGACAGGCGGGCACAUGGGACUAGUUUGUUGUGCGAAAAAUUUUGCCUUACUAAAACCGAUAUUGGAAUAUGAAAACCAGGCCAAAAUUUGGGCAGAAAAUUGUGCAAAAGAACAAAUCAUACCCAAAUAUACCACUGUGGUACAGUGUUGGUCAAAAGUUUG